AUGUUUCCGGCCAUUGAUAAGCCCGCUGACAAAAUUGAAGUUCACCGGUUGAGCGAAAUGCAAGAAGUUGUGUGGAGACCAGAGCCUGCUUUUAAGGAUAAUGAUGAUGACCACCAGGAGUCAAAGAAGGGGAAGCAAAAGAAAAAUGGAUGGGUUUCCGCUAGGCGGUACGCGAGAAUCCCCCUCAAAAUUAUCGCCUUAUUAGCUACUGUCUAUGUGAGUGUGUUGUCAUCGGAGCGGUAUUUCUACUACUGGGUGCAAACCUCCAUAGAAAGGACGGACAUGCAUGUCUCUGAGAUAGCCUUUCCGGCCGUGACCAUUAUACCGAUUAAUUUCACCAGUGCAGUUAAAUCGAAGGAUGCACAGGCCUAUAAUUUAGUCCAGUCUGUGAUCUGGCAGACUCCGAUGGCGGCUCGCCUGACGAAGAACAACUUCACCGAGUUUUCCGAAUUCGAAGAUUUGGAUGUUUUAAAGAUGGAAAUCUCCCAGUCCUGGCAGCUCAAUUGCAAGCACUUCUUUACUGAAUGCCAGUGGCGCCACAAACCGAUGAACUGCUGUGAUAUUUUUAGUUCUGGAAAGACCUUAAAUGGGUUUGCCUUUGUGUUUAACUCGCUGCUUUACUCUGGAAAGGACGAGACUUGGCCUUGGUCAGUGGCUGCAUCGGGUUCCUAUAGCGGACUUACUGUCAAAAUAAAACGGGACCAUAGCCGGUACACUGUGAACAUGCUGGGGGUAAUUGUACAUGAACCCACUCAGUAUCUGGGCAUGAGCAUUGAUUACUCCUCGGAGGAUCGCAUUGUGGUCCCGGUAGAGCCCCUUCGCUUCACUGCCGAGGAAGAUGUAAAGGCUCGACCACUUCAAAUGCGUCGGUGUUACUUCGAGAAUGAAGUGUCUAAGCUUGGACAAUCUCGCUCGGAAUGCAUUUACAGGUGCCGCCGUGACUACAUUAUAAACAAGUGCAACUGCACUUUGAGUGCUUUUAAUAAAGAGAACAUUACCAAUGGGAAGGACACCAGCGACACAAGGAUUUGUGGUGUAAAGGACCUUUACUGUAUUAAUAAGCAUCGACUUCCCCUUUUUUCCAUGAGCAACAUCAUCGAAGAGUCCAGGGAUAAUGUAUUUUCCACCUUUGAUUGCGGCUGUUUUCCUCAGUGUGAUCACAUUCAAUACCAUUCGUCAACCUACACCGAAAGAUUGAGCACCCACACUAGCCAUGCCACGGAAAUCGAAAUCGAUGUGUAUUUUCAGGAGGAGACUCUCUUUUCCUACCGCUCGAUGCUUCGAUUCACCCUGAUCGAUCUGAUGGUUUCCUAUGGAGGAAUAGCAGGCCUGAUCAUGGGCAUUUCGGUUUUAGGCUGUUUUAAUAACUUCUUGGAUCACUUCGCCUGUUGUCGUUUACCCCACGACUCUUAAUGUGAAUUUAUGAAAUCCCAGACAUCACCAGCUGC